AUGCGUGUCUCCCUACUCGUCGUUGUCGUUGCUUUGACAGCAUCUAUGUCUGUCGCUGUGCGGCAGGGAUUCAACCACGUGACUCACCUGCGCCCCUUAGCAAGGAAGAUUGGUCUGCGGGAAAAAUUGAGCCGGAAGCCCGAGUGGCACGUCGCGACAAUAGUCAAAACCCACUCGAGGGCAUACGGAAGCGCGCGUUAUGAUGAAAGUGAAAGAGGGGGGGGGGGGGGGGAAAGGGGAUUGAUUUUCUUCAUCGAGCGAGUGUCGGAUGGGAUACAAGGGACAGUUGGAACGGGCACGGACUGCAAGGGAAUCAAUGCCAGACCUCUAUGGCGGGAGGCUACGGCUCUCUCUAUCGAGGACAGCUACGACGCACGCGAGGACUAUCGACUACGAGCCAGGACUCCUGCUCCUGCGCCAGGACCCUGCCACUCCCGACCUGACCUGCCAGAGCGCCCCGCUCCACAGUUGACGAGGAAGAGGAACUUGGCAGAGCGUUAG